AACUUGUUAAAAUUGUUAUAUUUUUUGGCUUUUAUGUAGAUUAUGUAUAAACAUAUCAAUUGGAAGAACAAGAAAUGACAACAAACAGGAGUAGUAGCUUUCAAGCAAAAAAGAAAGUUGUUGUAUCGUUUACUAUCAGAAAUGAUAUUGAACCCAGAAACAGACUUGGUGUAAAUUCAUUGCAAUAUGAUCCAAAAUUAAAAAGAUUAUUCACCGCUGGAAGAGACUCUAUUAUACGUUGCUGGAAUACAGAUGAUCACCAACGCAGUUACUUACAUUCAUUUGAACAUCACACUGAUUGGGUGAAUAGUUUGGUUUUGUGUCGCAAUGGAAAAACAUUAUUGUCAGCGUCUUCUGACACCACAGUCAAAGUGUGGGAUGCAUAUGGUGGUUACUGCAUGUCAACUUUACGAACACACAAAGAUUACGUCAAAGCUUUAGCGUAUGCGAGAGAUCGCGAACUGGUUGCGAGUGGUGGCUUUGAUAAACAAAUUUUUCUUUGGGAUGUGAAUGUUUUAACAGCAUUGACUGCAACUAACAACACAGUCAUAACUUCCUCUUUAACUGGUCAAAAAGAAUCAAUCUACAGCCUGGCCAUGAAUCCUUCAGGUUCUAUUCUUGUGUCAGGAUCCACUGAGAAGAUGUUAAGAUUAUGGGAUCCUAGAACAUGCUCAAAAAUGAUGAAGUUAAAAGGUCAUACAGAUAACGUUAAAACUGUAUUGUUGAAAUCUGAUGGGUCAGAGUGUUUGUCAGGUAGUUCUGAUGGUACAGUCCGCUUAUGGUCAAUCGGUCAACAGCGAUGUAUUCAAACAUAUAAAGUACAUGAUGCAGGUGUUUGGACAUUAGCUGCUGACGAUAACUUUAACUACUUUUAUUCCAGUGGUGGAGACAAAAAAAUAUUUUACACUGAUCUAAGUAUUGAUGAAAAUCCAGUGUUGUUAUUUGAAGAAAAAGAACCUGUGUUGUCGUUGCAACUGGUUCAAGAUCCGUUGAGAUUAUGGGUUGGCACAACAAACUCUAACAUUAACUGUUGGCCGAUAAAAAUACCACAGACCGAACAUGUAACAGACUUGGACACAAACACACCAGCUGUAGACAAACCUGCAGUAGCUAUUCCAGGUGCUCCAGGAAUUAAACGAAUACACAUAUGUAAUAACAAAAGACACGUGUUGACGAAGGAUUCUGAUGAUAAUGUUGCACUAUGGGAUAUCUUGAAGGUAAAAAAGCUGACUGAUUACGGUCAAAUUAAUUUUGAAGAUGAAUGUAUGAAAAGACGGGAGAUGGUAUAUGUACCAAACUGGUUCGCAGUUGAUGCCAAAACAGGGAUGCUUAAUGUUACGCUUGAUGAACCUGACUGUUUCGCAAGUUGGAUGGUGACAGAAGACGUGCCUACACUACCUAUGGAAGAUCCAAAGAAAGUUCCUGGUGACAACCGGUUCAUUAAUUAUGGCGUUUUGUUGUUGCAAGCAUUACUUGAAAACUGGCCAGAAACUCAAGACUCCCCUGAUGAAGAUCAAGAUGAACACCAAUCCACUGAUUCCAUAGUGACAGGAUCAGACAUUAAUGUACAAGUGGAUAACAAAACGCCAUGCAACGGCUUCUUCUCGAUACCUUUACAUACGCCCUUGGUAUUUGCUGAAGGUGGUGGAUGUGGGCGUACGUAUUUCCGCUUACUGGUGGGUGAUGCACAUGGCGAAAACGAGUGUGCUAUUUUGUCGGAGACUGUACCGUCUUGGGUUCAUGACGUAGUCGUUAAGAAAACACAGCCGAAAUUUAACAAGAUAACGUUUCUACUCGUACCGUUAAAUAAUGGCUCGAAGAACAAUAAAAGAGAUCGCUUAACAGCCAGUGAUAUGAUUCACGUGAAGAAAGUAAUGGAACAUGUAUACGAGAAAAUCGUUCUUUCUGACAACAACUCGAACUCGGCAAACAAUGAUAAACCUGCGAUCCCACCGGAAGAGUUGUCGAGUUUAGCGGAAGGCAAAGUUGAAAUCCACUGUAAUGAUAUGUUGCUGGAUCCGAAAAUGGAUUUGAGAACGAUCCGAUAUUUUAUCUGGAAAAGUACAUCAGAUUUAAUAUUGCAGUACAAAAUUCUAAAGUGAUGGAGAGUGUCAUCUCCAUCGAUGAGGUGUUAUCUGCGCGAAAGUGUUUGAUUUGAAGACCUUUGUGAUCGAGUAACAUCAUUGCUGCAUUGAAGAUCCUAUUUUAUUUCCGUAAUAGUGCAAUUAGAAUUCCGGAGAAAGUUUUAAGAAAUUUUACUUCAGCAUAUAAAAAUACAUUUAAUUCACUUGUAAAUUUGUAUAUACAUUUAUAAUUCGACUAUUUUCUUUGUUAA